UCUACAGCAUUGAUACCUGCACACACGGUCCCGCUCGGCUACUGCGCAGACGCAGACUGUAUUUAAAUAAUUUAACAUAUUUAUAUGGAGGCGUGUCACAGGAGGAGUCUGCUAAUCAAUCACCUGCGCUCACUUCUAUGUUGCUCGCCAUUAGGCCUGUUGGCAUGGCAACGGAACUGUUGGGUUCUGGCUCCGGAAGGUGACAAUAUUGUGCUGCCAUUCUAACAGCGAAUCCUGUGACUGCUAGGUGGUUCUGACACCCUGACACAGAACAAACCAGGUGACUGGACAGAACUUUAUCAAACGUCUGGAAGUUUAAAGAGCCCAUCUGCUCUGUGGCCAGUUUCCAGUAGCAGCGCAUUGUUGUGAUUGAUGAGGCCGAUCUGCUGAUGCUCGGUGUUCAUCACAUCACGUUGCCUCAUUAGCUCUGCUUAUUUUACUAAGUGCUGAUCCAGUCGAUCAGAACUAAACGUGGGUCCAGGUGGAGGCGAUGGGGUAUAAAGGGAGGUGAAAGCCUCUGUUCUGCCUCACACCACCCUGCUCCCAGCUGCUGCUCCUCUUCAAACGCUCAUCCUCAUUUCAGUCUGCAGCAUGGCGACUCUGUGGCUCCAGUCGGUUUCUUUGCUGGUCUUACUGAUUGUAUCAUGGCCCAGCUCCCAGGCCAUGACCCCCCCGCAGCACCUGUGUGGGUCCCACCUGGUCGACGCCCUCUACCUGGUCUGUGGGGACAACGGCUUCUUCUACAACCCCAAGAGAGACGUUGACCCCCUGCUGGCAGGUUUCCUCCCUCCUAAGACGGGUGGCGACGAGGCGGCUGAGUUGGCCUUCAGGGACCAGAUGGAGAUGAUGGUGAAGCGAGGCAUCGUUGAGCAGUGCUGCCACAAACCCUGCAACAUCUUCGACCUGCAGAACUACUGCAACUAAAAAAACUCUAUUAUCCUAAACAUUAUGCUGUUCAACUUCUUUUUCAUUUGCGACUUUUUGUCAUUUCAUCUAGUUUAUAGUUUGUUUCUCUAAUGUAACGUUUGACUUAAGAAUUAAAAAACGAGCCCGUGUAAUAAAUGGUAGAAAUGUG